GAGGAACAGGCAGGGAAGGCCUCUGGCUGAGCGAUGCGUCCCCACACGGCCUCCAGCAGCCGGCCGCGCUACAAAAAGCGCAGAUCGCAUCACCAAAACGGCCGUUUUACGCACACAUGAACAAAGGAAAGCAGAGAAGGCAGAGCGCAUUACCUGUACGGAGGGUUGUGUGCCGCGACGGCCACGCAACACAGGCCACAUCCACCAGACAACAUGGCACACCAUAACCACCCACUACCUACGCAGCUCUGUAGACCCACUGACCCCAUACCAAAGGGUGCACCAACGGUCCAGGGCUACGACUUUAACCAAGGAAUCGACCACCACGCCCUGCUGCAGUCCUUUCUCAACACAGGCUACCAGGCUUCCCACUUUGGCAGAGCUGUCAUGGAGAUUAACAACAUGAUAAAAAAGCGUCAGCAACCAGGGAACUUGGUGAAUGGAAUAAAUCAGGAGGAUCCAUCCACCUGCCCCUGCCUCAGGGGCUGCACCAUCUUCCUCGGUUACACGUCAAAUCUCAUCAGCUGUGGAGUCAGGGAGAAUAUCCGCUACCUCGCUGAACACCAAAUGGUGGAUGUCUUGGUGACCACAGCUGGCGGUAUAGAGGAGGACCUAAUCAAGUGUAUGGGCCCGAUUUACAUGGGAGACUUUACCCUGCCUGGCAAGGAUCUGUACGGAAAAGGCCUUAACAGGCAAGGAAAUGUUCUGAUGCCUGAUGAAAACUAUAAUAUAUUUAAUGAAUGGAUGACUCCGAUCCUGACGAAGAUGUUGUGGGAGCAGAACAAUCAGGGCGUUCACUGGACUCCAUCUAAGGUGAUCUGUCGACUGGGCAAGGAGAUCAACAACCCUGAAUCUGUUUACUACUGGGCCUACAAGAAUAAUGUCCCGGUGUUCUGCCCUGCCCUGACAGACGGAGCUCUAGGAGACAUCCUCUACCUCUUCUCAAUGAAGAACCCGGGCUUGAUAGUCAACAUAGUUGAAGAUAUUACAAACCUGUACCGACUCGUAGCGGCUGCCAACAGCACAGGGAUGAUCGCCCUGGGAGGAGGCGUAGCCAAACACCACAUAUGCAACGCCAACUCCUGGAGGGAUGGAGUUGACCACGCAGUGUAUGUGAACACGGCUCAGGAGUUUGAUGGUUGUGACUCAGGGGCCAGACCUGAUGAGGCCGUGUCCUGGGGCAAGAUCAGUGUAGAUGCAAGACCAGUGAAGGUGUGCGGAGAUGCUUCCAUAAUCUUCCCCUUACUAGUGGCAGAAACCUUUGCGGUUCAUGUUAACGCGACUGCUGGCCAGAAAAAACAAUGAGAUCAAGGCUUCCUCCAAACUUUUAUUAAUGGCAGUAGCAC